AUGGACUCACAAAGUGCGACAGUGCAAAAUUUCUUCACAAAUAUUCGUCAAUCUUUCAUUUCUCGCGACAAACUGGACAAUAUUCGAUCAUUAGUCGCCAUUAUCACCGCUCUCGAUCGAAUAAACCCACAAGAAAGGCUUUUUUUGCUGAAGGAACUCGUAAAUUUGGACUUUAUUCCGCACUUUCGACGCUUGAUCAUCUCAGAUGAGGUCCUCACGAAACUAACUCUCAAAAUUACGCUUUGUUUAAUGGAGCACGAGGCUAUUUUCAAGGAAUAUUUCGUGGAUUUACUGAAAGCUCACUUCAGAUCUUUCCUGUUUAUGGCUCGAGAUGACACAAAAAAUGCUCGGAUCAUCAUCGAUUGUGUUACUUUUGUGCAAAUGAUGCAGGAACGCAGUUUAAACUUGAAAAUUCGCACGAAAAAACGUCCUUUGGCAGUUAUUGAUCCAGAUUUUUACGACGCCUUUCGACUUUCACUCAAAAAAUGUCAAGAUGACGCCCUGAAAAAUACUUUUCUCGAACAAUUAUCAGUUAUUUUGAUGUCUUUUGUACGACAAGAUGACCUCAUGAAGCAUCAAGACCUCAUUUUUCGUGUAAUUUCGUCGAAACUAUGUGCGGAUUCGUCAAUUAUGGCUUCGGUGAUGCUCGUUCGGAACGUUUUGAGGACCAAAAAUGACGAAAAUUGGGUAAAAUGCUCUGUGAUUCGUAUUCAAAACUGGUUUUUGGAGCAACAUUCAAUGGAAAUUCGAGUUUUUUACUUCUACUUUGUACUUCGCUUGAUAGAAGGGAAGUUUUUUGCCGACGCCUGGAUCUAUAAGAACAUUAUUUCUGGAUUUUUGGGUCAAAAUGGACUUCAGUAUGUGAUGGAAGCGAUAAAAGUGUCCAUUCAGAGCAAUAAUUUACUCGCAGUUUACAUUUCAAAGCAGUUUUUGGCACAAAUUUUGUCGUUUUUGGACAAUUUUUUAUUGGUUGACGCCCUAAAACUGCCCGAGCCACGUGAAAAUUUGACAGAAAAAUAUCGAAAAUUCAUUUUUAAUCAAAGAAUGGGUCUCGAAAUAUGGAAAUUCGACUAUUGUUCCUUUGAUUUCGUGUCAGAAGUGAAUUUUAUCAUGUGUGGCUUUGAAGAAUGGAAACUUUUGAUCACUUUUUUGUACAUUGGAGUCACUUUUGGAGCUAAAAUUGAUCUUACUGCUGUUUUUAUAAGUGUCGUAACCCUCAUCGAAGUAGCUUUUGUGCAAAAAUUUGACAUAAGUGAUCGUCAGAAACGGAUGUUAAUGAAGAUUUAUUGUAUAUCAUUUUGGUCCACAUCUGCAGACAUCAAGGCAAGUCUCGAGACUGGAAUGCAACUCGCCGACGCCUUCUUACGAAAAUUUUUCCUCGAAAAUCGAGAAAAAGACAAAACUUUGACCGAUUGUUUACAUUCUUUGGCCUAUUUCUGUCAGAAAAGCGGACAUGACGAAGCGCAAUCACGACAAAUGUCCCACCAACUUCUACAACGCGCCGAUUUGUAUCUGACGGACCGUUUUUGUGACAUUUUCCGCGGUAGCGAAGUAAUUUUGUUCGAAUUGCUCGGUUUUGAGUACAUCACGCCCGUGUUGAAGCAAAAUAUUGUCGCCACAUUGCUAAAAAUCGACUUGACGGAGGAAAUUUUGCGGAAAAUGCUUCGAAUCGUCUUUAAAUGCAAAAAUUCCGCACUCGCUAUCGAUUACUUGCCAAUCAUCUCGCAAAAUUAUGGGAAAAUCCACGGAGAUCAACGAGAAAUUCUCAAUUUGUGUUAUUUCAAUCAUUCGCGAGCUGCGAAAAAUUUGAGCCGGGCAUCGCGCGUGUCGCUCAUGAACUUCUUCGCAAAGGCCCUGACAACCGCGAUUUAAUUGAACAUCUGUUUAUUUUAUAAUUUGUUUGUAUUUCUCACAUUAUUUCGUCUUUUUUCUGCCAAAUGUCUAACUUUCAAGCAUAAAAAACGCAAAGAAUUCGUUUGAAAAUCAUUAUCAUGGUCAAACAUUUUUUUAUUUUUGUUUAGAUCAAUUUCAUGUCAAACGGGUCUCUGUACAUUCGCGUAAAAUAGUAAUAAUAAUCCCACACACACGCAGUCAGCGACCGAACAACCGACGUUCAUUAAUAAAAAACAUGAUGUAAGAUUUUUUCGUAGAAAACUCGACACUUACAAACAUUUUUCGGGCAAUUCAUUCAAUCGCUCGCUUUAAAAAAAAAAAAAUUGAAAUGAAAUCAAAAUUAAGGUCAUAAUGACGUAAAUCGUAAAUCUUGCAAAGUGCAAGAAAUUUUUUUCUUAAUUUUUUUCCAGCCGCAGAUUUAAAAGUAAAAGUGCAAUCAC